UGUUACGGUGCACAAUUCAAACCAGUCUGUUUCUUCUCCUUUCUUUUCAAUACAGUUCCCCCCUUGUUUUGCUUAUAUAUAUAUUUUUUGGCAAAGAAUAUAACCACUUGUUUACAGAGAAAAGUUACAACCAGUAGAGCCACUGCUCCAGGAUGUUUUGGAUCUUUCAAACUUUUUAUUUCAUCGCACUGUUUUCUUCUGUACAUAGUGAAUGUAUGUCUGAGAUAUACAGAAACACAUAUAUCGAAGGAGGAGACAUAUCUAGGAUUUAUACUCCAACAGCAGAUUAUUGUCAGAUGGUAUGCACUUAUCACCCAAGAUGUCUUGUGUUCUCCUAUAUACCAGGAAGCUGGGUAAAAACUACUGCCAGGUUUUCUUGCUUCCUGAAAGAAAUUGAUACUCAAGAAUUGCCAAAGAUUCACAGGGAAGGAAUAAUCUCUGGUCAUUCUCGGAAGCAAUGCACUCAAAUUACUGCUUGCAGUAAAAAAGUGUAUGAAGGACUGGAUAUGCAAGGGGAAAAUUACAAUAUAACUACUGCUGACAAUUAUAAUCACUGCCAACAGAGAUGCACCAAUGAUAAGCACUGCUACUUCUUUACAUAUACCUUAGAAUCAUUUCACAGUGCACCACUACGUAAUAAAUGCUACCUGAAAUAUAGCAACACAGGAACCCCAACUAAUAUAAAGCAGAUUAGGGAUGUUGUCUCUGGAUUUUCAUUGAAACCAUGCCAACUUGCCCAAACAGAUUGUCAAAUGGACUUUUUUCAACAUUUUGAAUUUUCUGGAAUUACUGUUGCGAAGGUUUUGACCCCUGACAAAUUUAUAUGUAGAACAGUUUGUACCUAUCGUCCAAACUGCUUAUUCUUUACAUUUUUCAGCAGUGAAUGGGAAGUAAAAAGCCAAAGAUAUAUCUGUCUGAUGAUGACUUCAAGAAGUCAAAAACCAGAGAAAUUUACAGAAAGAGCAAAUGUUAUAUCAGGAUUCAGUCUCUUGAACUGCCGUAGAGCCGAACCUGCAUGCCAUUCCCAGACCUAUCCUGAAUUAAUCUUCCGUGGGACAGAACUGAAUGUGGAAUAUGUCAAUGGGCACAUAGCUUGCCAGGAACUUUGUACAAUGACCCUCCGUUGUCAAUUUUUUACUUAUGUUUUCCGUAAAAUGCAAUGCAACCAUCAAGGCAAAUGUAAAUGCUACUUAAAAAUGUCAGCCAAUGGGUCCCCAGAUAAUAUCGAGGCUGAGAAUGAAACAGUUUCAGGCUAUUCUUUAAGACUGUGCCAAACUAGCAAAAGCCCUGUCUGUGUGCAGAAACCAGAGAAACGGUCAAGAGUUGUUGGAGGAUCAAACUCUUCUGUUGGUGAAUGGCCUUGGCAUGUCAGUUUACACACAAUACUCCCUGUUCAGACCCAUCAGUGUGGUGGUUCAAUCAUCAGUGACCAAUGGAUUUUGACAGCUGCCCAUUGCUUCGACAUCUUUCCAUUAACUGAACUUUGGCGUGUUUACAGUAGCAUUUUGAGACAGUCUGAAAUAACAAAUGAAACUACUUUCUUCAAAAUCCAAAAAAUGAUUGUUCAUCCCAGAUAUGAAUUUUCAGAGUCAGGAUAUGACAUUGCUUUAGUAAAGCUUGACAGACCUUUGAAUUUCAGUGCUUUACAGCAACCAGCAUGCCUGCCCUCCCAGGAAAAAAUUAAUACGGAAUACACUGAAUGCUGGGUAACUGGAUGGGGUUACACAAAAGAGAGAGGCUCAAUUGAAGAUAUGCUACAAAAAGUCAAACUUCCCAUGAUACCAAAUUCAGAAUGUCAGUCUCAAUAUCCAGAGCACAGAAUAAUUGAUAAGAUGUUGUGCGCUGGCUACUCAGGAGGAGGCAAAGAUGCUUGCCAGGGAGACUCAGGGGGUCCCUUUUCAUGUAAAUUUGAGAACAGAUGGUAUAUGGUUGGCAUCACCAGUUGGGGUGAAGGAUGCGCUCGUCCAGGACAACCAGGUGUUUACACCAAUGUAGCUAAGUUUGUAGACUGGAUUCUGGAACAAACUUUAGAAGAUUAAAACAGGGUUAAAUUAAUCCUGCGUGCUACUACUUUCAUGUGGGUUUAUUCAAAUGCCCAUUUUAUUCUGUUUCUGCAUCAUUUUAAAAUUUUAGGAAAAACUGCACGAAAAUCAUAUUUAAAUGUGUAAUUUUAAAAUUACCUUUAUCCGACCAUUUCAUACCAUAGAAAUUAAGAUGAAUUUGAGAUUCUAUUUCAGUUUUUAUUUCUGAGUGUAUGGAAUACGUUAAUUCACAGUGGAGUUUACAAAGAUGGUUUAAAAAAAGGGUUUUGGUUUGUAUGAUGUGUGUGUGUGUGCACGCACGCACGCACGCACACACACACACACAGACUAUUUUUGACCAACAGAUAUAAAGUUCUUAAAGAAAAAUCUUAGAAAUGUAGUCAAUAUAUUAAUUUUGAAGAGUCUCACAUACUUAUCCAAUGACACAAUAAAAAUAAUGUAUUAUAUUUUUUGAA